AUGGCUCACCAGAAUCACGCUGCCUACCUCGCAGGCGCCAAAGUGCGUCCCUUCGAAGUCAAGACGGCGCCUUACACGCCACCUGGACCCAAUGAGAUUGUGAUCAAGAAUGGUGCUGUCGCCGUGAACCCGGUGGACUUAGGAAAACAAGUUGCCGGCAACAACAUGUUCGGAUGGAUUAAAUAUCCUUUUAUCCUUGGGAGUGACGUGGCCGGGGAAGUUGUUGAAGUCGGCCCAGAAGAUGCUGGUUCAUCUUUCAAGCCUGGUGACCGCGUUCUGGGUCACGCUGUAGCCAUGGAUAAGCGGAGCAACAAAGCUUCGGAGGGUGCUUACCAAGAGUACACGGUGCUUAGAACAAAUUUGACCGCGAAGAUUCCAGACCAAUUGAGUUAUGAGCAAGCUUGCGUCUUGCCUUUGUGUUUGUCAACGGCGGCUUGUGGCCUCUUUUUGAAGGAUUACCUCGGUCUUCAAUACCCUACGGCCUCAUCACCACCCACUGCUCCCUUAGAUGUCAAGCGAGACCGCGAAGUUGUCGUUAUCUGGGGUGGGUCUACCGCUGUUGGCAGCAAUGCUAUCCAACUUGCAACAGCUGCAGGCUACGACGUAUUCACCACGGCAUCGCCGAACAACUUUGACUAUGUCAAGUCCCUCGGCGCAGUACAAGCUCUCGAUUACCGAGCUGCCGACACAGUACAAAUUCUUAUCUCCGCUCUCAAAGGCCGGACCUGCGCUGGUGCUCUCGCUAUCGGGAACGGGUCUCUGGAGGCAUGCAUCGACGUCGUUGCUAGCAGUUCCAAUGGCCGUAAGUUUGUCGCCCAGGCGAGUAUUCCACUAGACCCGACGAAGAUGCCAAAGAACCCUCUAGCUCUCAUGGGUGUGAUGUUGAGGUUCUUAUGGUGGAAUAUAUUGGUAUUCAUGAAGUCCAAAGUCAAGCGAGUACGCACUAAGUUCAUCUGGGGCAGCGAUCUCAUGGCAAAUGAGUUGGGCAAGGUCAUUUACAAAGAGUUUCUUCCGGUCGCUCUGGCGAGCGGUCAGUAUCAAGCGAAACCAGACGCGCGCGUUGUUGGACAGGGGCUCGGGAAUAUUCAGGAGGCAUUGGAUGUCAUGUCUAAAGGCGUAUCGACUACGAAGAUAGUGGUCACUCUUUGA